AUGUCCAAGAUAGCUCUCAUACUUGGUUGCGGUAAAGGCAUCGGCACCACCAUCGCUGACAGCUUCCACUCUGCAGGCUACAACGUUGCCUCAGUGUCUCGUACUCCUCGCACCUUUCCGACACAAGACCGCGUACAUCUCGUAGCAGACUUUGCAGAUCCGGAUUCAAUAGAACCGUUGUUUGAUCAGGUAGAGAACCGAUGGGGCAAAGCACCAGACGUCGUGGUGUACAAUGCAUACGCCAACGUGCUCACCCGAAACGACCCGUUGAGCGCUUGCAGCAAAGACUUCAUCGCUGCAUUCAAUAUCAACACAGCAUCUCCUUACUCAGCCGCCUUCAUUGCUCAUGAACGUAACAAUAGUGUCAGGUAUAUUUACACAGGGAACGCCUUGAACAAUCUCAUCGAUCCGAAUAUAACAAUCUUGGGUGUAGGGAAAUCUGCCUCGGCUCAUUGGAUACAAGCUGCGGCCAAGGCAGAGGGAUUGAGACCGGCUCAAUUCUACUACUGCGACCAGAGAAAACCCGAUGGAUCCCCAUGUUACACUGGAUUGAGGGGGGAUGCCCAUGCCGAGCUGUAUCUGAAAUUGGCCGAGUCCAAGGAGCAAAAAGAACCCAAUAUCGUGUUCAGAGCGUAG